AUGUCUAAAGGGUCGAAGAUCAGUGCCGCACAGCUUGAUGCGAUGAAGAAGGAAAUUGGAGCGGAGGAGACAGUAUUCUUCUCUGAACUUGGAUCGAAAGGGGAUUGGACACCAUGCGGGUCGAAGGAGAACGCCAAUUUGUUUUACAAAAUUGAUGAGAAGACUGGCAUAAAGAAGUUUAAGAUCAACGCUAUUAUUCCGACACGACUUCAAUGUGUUAUAGAUGCUCUUCUUGUUGAAAAGAAUCGAGUGUCGUGGGAAUCAUUAGUUGAUGGAAUGAAACAAAUCGAAGACUUUGGAGAGGGAUAUUCUAUGCAUCACAUCACAACUAAAUCAGUUGCUUUUGUCCUUGGAAGACGCGAUUUUGUCCAUUUCAGAAGAAUCACAGGCCCAGAAGGCCUUGAGAAAGUGAAGGAGAACCAAACAGACGCUCGACUUGUCAUCGACGUCUCUUCGGAACAUCCAGACUAUCCAGCUCAAAAUAGUACAUUCACUCGGGCAACUACACUCUUUUGUGCGACUAUAUUUAGAGAGUUUAAAGAUAAGAAUGGAAGAUUGUACACCACUUAUGACACUAUCACACAAUCGAAUAUUAACGGGUACGUCCCGAGUUGGUUGGUCAAUGUCGUCACUUCCUCAUCAACUCUUGACUGGUACAACGCCCUUGAGAAGUGUGCUAUCGAGCUUAAUAAGAAGGUAGACGAACAAGAGAAGAAAGCCGCACAGAAGUGA